UUCAGAAGUGAUUCUCGAGCACUGUCGAAUCAUUUCUAGCAAGCUUCGUGGUAUUUGUAGUGUGUCGUUGGUGUGUCGUGUUCGUAUUGUUGCAAAGUAAUUGUCAUGGCUUCAGAACGAUACAGUUUUUCGUUAACAACCUUUAGCCCGUCAGGCAAGUUAGUGCAAAUAGAAUAUGCCUUGGCUGCGGUAGCCGCCGGUGCGCCAAGCGUGGGCAUCAAGGCGUUAAACGGCGUAGUCCUUGCUACGGAAAAUAAACACAAGUCCAUCCUCUACGAUGAGCAUAGUGUCAGCAAGGUUGAAAUGAUCACGAAGCACAUUGGCAUGGUCUACAGCGGUAUGGGUCCUGAUUACAGACUGUUAGUGAAGCAAGCACGGAAAAUGGCACAACAGUAUCUCCUAGUGUAUCGAGAACCUAUCCCGACUGCGCAACUCGUGCAACGUGUGGCAAUGGUCAUGCAAGAGUACACACAAUCUGGAGGUGUUAGACCUUUUGGAGUGUCUCUUUUGAUUUGUGGUUGGGACAAUGACAGGCCCUAUUUGUUCCAAUGCGAUCCGUCUGGCACAUACUUUGCAUGGAAGGCAACCGCAAUGGGUAAAAAUUUCAUUAAUGGCAAAACGUUCCUUGAAAAGAGGUACAGUGAAGAUCUGGAAUUAGACGACGCCGUUCACACUGCUAUUCUGACCCUGAAAGAAGGCUUCGAGGGACAGAUGACUGCGGACAAUAUCGAAGUCGGCAUUUGUGACGCAAAUGGAUUCAGAAAAUUGGAUCCAUCCAACGUCAAGGAUUAUCUCGCGAAUAUUCCUUAAGCUUAUGAAAAUUUUCUUUUUUUUUAAAUAUGUUCUCAAACUAAAACGUCGUAAUCGUUAAUAAAUUUGAAUUAAAUUCUUGCAAUAAAUAUCCUGUCAAAAGUAAAA